AUGUGGGUGACGUGCGGCCGCCAUCUUCCCGUCCCCGGCAGCCAGCGCCAGUCGGAGCUAGCGCGAGCUGCCGCCGCUGCUGGUGCUGCUGCCAUCCCUGUAGUUGCCAAGUCCUGCGCCCGCUGCCCGCGCCAUGUCGGCUACCGCUGCCACCGUCCCCCCCGCCGCCCCGGCUGGGGAGGGAGGUCCCCCUGGGCCCCCUCCGAACCUCACCAGUAACAGAAGACUGCAGCAGACACAGGCCCAGGUGGAUGAGGUGGUGGACAUCAUGAGGGUGAACGUGGACAAGGUCCUGGAGCGGGACCAGAAGCUGUCGGAGCUGGACGACCGUGCGGAUGCACUCCAGGCGGGAGCCUCCCAGUUUGAAACAAGUGCAGCCAAGCUCAAGCGCAAAUACUGGUGGAAAAACCUCAAGAUGAUGAUCAUCUUGGGAGUGAUUUGCGCCAUCAUCCUCAUCAUCAUCAUUGUUUACUUCAGCUCUUAAACCCCCGAGGAGCCUGCCCAGAGAAGGGCCUCUCAUCCCCACCCAUCCCCAGCCGCUCCUCCACCUCUCAGCCAUAUCUUCCAGCCCCCCAUCCGUGUGUGUGUCCGUGUGUGUGCCCCCUGUAAAUAGCCAGCUGUUAUUUAUACAUAUAUAAUAUUAUAUAUAUUUGGUCUGUUUGUAGUUUUAUUACUAGAAGAUUUUUCCGGUUGUCCUUAACACCCCUUCCUGAGGUUCCCACCACCUUUCUCUUUCCCUCCUUCCCUUUCCCUCUUUUCCUGACCAGCCCCAAGUCCCUUCAUUUGCAUCUGCUAUGCAAUAGCCCCUCUUCCUCUCCUUCUUCCCUUGGAUUUAGCUGAUCCUUCCUCCCACCCUGGCCUUCCCCAUACCCCCACCCCCCUACAAAAAACAGAAACAAAAAGCAAUUGUCCAGGCCUCCCUAGGUGCAUCUUCUUUGCAUUAUUUGGGAGGCUCUGAGACUGGCCCCACUUGGUCCUAAGAAUCCCAAGGUCUGGGAGCUUCCAGCAUGUUAAUUAGCAUUCAUUUACAUACUGACAUCCCUUUUGGUUUCCUUUUUUGUUCAUCAUUCUUUAGUUCAUUCUUUCAACCCGUGGUUGGUUGGUUUGUUUGUUUCCACUGAGGAGUUGGUCCUCAUUGGUCAUUGUAUCACAGUUUCAUUUGCAUGACAUUACUUGUAGGUGGUGGGGAGCCUGGGCUUUUUGGGGAGCCAGGCUGUUCUGGCCCCCAGAAUCAUCUCCUAGCCCCUGUAGUCCAGUUUGCCUCCCCUACCCCCAUUUUCCAAACCUCUUGUCCCCUCCUCUCCCUCCCCGGAGCUGGUGUGUAAGUGUCUUGGAGUUCAGUGUGUUAUGAUGGACCAAUAAUUCUGCCACAUGGAGUUUUUCCCCACAUUCCUGAUCCCCAGUUUUCAUGUGGGGCACUCAACUGACAUUCCCAUGGGGUCUCCCUCCCUCCCAUCUGUCUGAUCUUCCCCCUCCUCCUCCCUCCAGGAGAGUUGGGGGUUGGCCACAAUCUGAUCUCUUUUGGGAGAGGUGGCUGCCAGUGUCUGAGGGGUCAUCACUGCCUUGGAGAGGAGUGGAGCAGGGCAGAGAAUCUCCCCAGUUCCUGCCUGAAGUCUCCUCUGGCCCCAUCCCUGCUGGGGGUUGGACUGAAAACUCUCCUCCCCAGUUUGGAGGGUGUUGCCUCCUUCACUGCCCAGCUCCUCUGACUGCCCCCCACCCGAAUUCAGGAUGGGGGGUACUAGUCACUGCCAAUGUGUGUGGAACUUGCUGGAAGACGGGGGUUCUUGCCCUUCUCCAGGGUGGUUGAGCCCAGAGAGAGACCUGUCUUCUCCUUAGGUGAAGUGAUAGAGGAAAGGUCUAAUGUCUUUUUAAAUGGCACAAUCAGGGGGGGCCUGAGGGUACAGUUCCUUAAACUGUCACUGGAGGGGACCCCCCCAACUCUUUCCCCCACACUCAAGGUUUCUGUGUGGAGGGGGAACAGGGAGAUCUAAGCUGUGGUGUGAAAGGGUAGGGAGAGAUGCUGGGGGUGGGGAUGCUGUGCUCUAGAUCCCCCAUAUUAUCCCAGUGUCCUCUGCCCCCCAUUCCUUCACCCCAUGCCCCCAAUUCUGUGGCGCAUCCAGAUUGUGAAAAUGUACAAUAAAUGUGUAAUGAGUAACUAAAUGGUGUCUGU